AGCUCGGAGCAGCGGAGCAGAGCCGCAGCGACGACGCCAGGGAAGGGAGCAGGCCCCCAGACUGACACACAGCGAUGGGUAAGAAAAGUCGCCUCACAGGAGGAGCAGUCGGUCGGAGAACGAUCCUGCAGCUUUCACCUCCCGGGCUCCGAAGUGGGAAUGCCGGAGAGAGGGAAGAAGCACCCUCGGGAUCCGAUGAUGAACAGGAAGGUGAUGGACUCAGAUUCGUGAGACUCCCAAACAUGAAGACUCCCGCAGUAAAGGCCACAGAGGGCUUGUCCCUGCUCGGAGCCUAUGAGGAUAGUGAUGAAGAGGAUGCUGGAGACAGUCAGCCUUCUACUGCUAACUCUCAACACAACCAGUCAGCUGACAUCGACAGUACAUUGGCCAAUUUCAUGGCUGAAAUCGAUGCAAUCACCACUCAGCCAAGUUCAGAUGAUGCCGCAUCUCAACCUACGGUCCCACAUACUGCCCCACCCAGACCUGAGGUUAACACUCAGCAGCCAGCCGCAAGUGAAGGACAGAACCAACAAAGCACAGAGUUUGAGUACAAUACUGAGUACUCACUUGCUGGAGUGGGUGUAGAGAUGGGAGACUGGCAGGAGGUUUGGGAUGAGAACUCAGGCUGCCACUACUACUGGAACACUCUGACAAAUGAGGUUUCCUGGGAGCUGCCACACUAUCUAGCUGAUCAGGUGCAAAGCCUGGGGCACUACGCCAACAGCUCUAGUGUCAAUGGCAAUGGCACAGUGCACGCAGCUUAUAACACCACAGAAAAUGCUGCAUCUGCUGCAGCUCCACCAUCGACGAAAGAAACCAAAGUGAAGGAGGUGAUUGAGAGUGUUAUAGGCCUCACAAGUGAAGAGGAGGAGCGCCGUGGAGUGGCUGCGUCUCUGCUUGGUCCUCUGAUCCCCUCUGAAGUGAAGGAAGCAGAAGAAAAAUGGAGAAAAAGACUGCUGAAAGGCUUGGAUGAGACUGAAAACAGUUUGGAUUCUGAUGGAGAAGGUGUUCGCCCUGUGGGAUCGCCCUCUACUCCUCUGCGGGACCCUGACCCAGUCCCCACUGUCCAGAAAGAUCCUGGUGCCAAGAAGCAGUCGAGAGACAACUCAGACGCUGAGGAGGAGACGGAGGAGGACACAAUGGAGCUGGAACUGGCUCUGGAGCGGAAAAAGGCUGAGCUCCGGGCACUGGAGGAGGGUGAUGGGAGUGCAGGGGGCUCCAGUCCUUGCUCUGAAACAAGCCAAGAAGCCUCUGGUUCUCGUGGCGUUCUAGUGAAGAAAAACAGAUGGAAGGCUGUCUUCCCCAGUGCUCCUAGCCCUGACUCUAACAGCAGAAGCUCAGACAUACAAGACAGCACAGAGACAGCACCUUCUAAAGUCCUAGAGAGCGUUGCAGAAGGAGAGGACAAGGAAAUGGAUGAUUCUGAAGAAAAAGCAGUUACAAAACCUCCGGGAAAAGAAGACAUUGAAACAGCUGAGCUCAAAGUGGAAACGCCUGAGCUCAAGUUUCAGAUUGGAGAACUGGCCAACACCUUAACCAACAAGAUGGAGUUCCUGGGAAUUAACAAAAAGGCGAUCUCAAACUUUCAGUUUCUUCUGCUACAAACUGAGACUCGGAUUGCUGACUGGAGGGAAGGCGCUCUGAAUGGGGUCUAUCUUCGCCGCAGGCUUCAGGAAGCUGCCGAACACAUAAAAUAUUACGAACUUAACGCCACCCCUAAAGGCUGGUCCUGCCACUGGGACAGAGAGCACAGGCGGUAUUUCUAUGUGAACGACCGGACCAGUGCCUCCCAGUGGGAAUUCCCAAAAGAGGAUGACAAGGAGGACGACCUGAAAGGCAGCCAAGGUAGCCAGUUACAGACUUCCAGUCAAGGGGACACCAAAACAGCGCCUGCAUCUGCUGUUGGGGUCACAGCCCCACCAGCACCUCCUCAGCCCAGUGCAUCAACCCUCUGGUUCCCACCUCAACCUCCUCUUCCUGACAGCCCACCUCCACCUGCACACUACCCCCCGCCUCCACCUCUACCCCCUGGCUCACCUCCUCCACCUCCUCCACCGCCUGACAGCGAUGGAGAGAUCAUGGAGGUGGAGAUGGAGAUGGAUGAUGAUAACGACGGGGAGCCUCCAGCCCCUGGAACGGAGGAAGACGGCAGCGGGAGGCCUCCUUUACCUCCGGGCACUGCUAGCGUGAAGAUUACGGAGACGUUGGGAUCCUUGGGGAAGGGUCAGAAACGUAAAGCCAGUCAGCUGAGUAAAGCCAUUACUAUUGGCAGCAGUCCCAUUCUCUACACUCAGCCUGCUGUCAGCGCAGCUCCUCUAAUGUCAGCAGCUGCCUACUGGGGUGUGCCGGCUGUCGCUGCCCCUUUGGUCCCCUGUGAACCUCCUGCCCCACCUGUACCUGCCCUGCCUCCUCAACCACCACUGCCACCAUCCCAGCCGCCCUUUGAACCUCCUGGAGCCAAAGCUGUGCCCACAGACAAGAUCAAGAAAGUGAAAAAGGAUAAGUCAAAGAAGAGUAAGAUCAAAAUGCCUUCCCUGGUGAAGAAGUGGCAGAGCAUCCAGAAGGAGUUGGAUGAAGAGGAGAAGAGCAGCUCCAGCGACGAGGACAGAGAUCAGCUCAACAAAAAGAGUAUCGAGGAAUGGAAGCAACAGCAGCUUGUGACAGGGAAAGCAUCCAAGAAUGCCAACUUUGAGGCACUUCCUGAUAACUGGCGGGACCGACUGAAGAAACGGAAGAUGGCGAACAGCACGUAACAUCCAACCUGGGUCGCACUCCGCCCAGUUAGCUUUUUUUUUAAUCCACUCCAAUCAUUACUAUAUGGUGAUCAU